AUGAGUUUCAGUAUCAACUCCUCGCCCAGCGCAUGGCAGGAUCCACUCUUCCUUCAACACCCGUUCAUCGAUCAGAUUCGCGAAGCGGCGCUGAAGUACCGCCUCCAAUCCGCCGCCCAUUUCAACAUAUCCAUAGAUGUUUGCCAAGCAACUCACACCUCGAACCCAGACCGAUUGGCGGAUAUCGACGGAAACCUCCAGCUUUACGUUGGCUUCUACAACUUCGGGACUGAACCUGUCUUCGCCGUCUGCCGUCCCAAGAUCUCGAAGCGCGGACGCGAUAAGGGAAAGACUUUCAAGGGAGCGGUGCAGAUCUGGAUGAGGAACAAGUUCGUACCGGUGGUGCGAUUCUUCGAGGCUGAGUUCCCGCCGUUGGAUGGGCCUGUGGCCAACGGAAUCAUGUUCCAGUGGUGGAACAACAACGGUCGUAUCUUCAAUUGGACAUCACUGCCCACUGAGGUCAAAGAGCGAAUCCUCAUGUCCUGCAUGCAUCGCUCUCCGCCACUACCGGUUCAGAAGAAAUCCAGAGGCCGCGUCCGCCAUGUCAAGCAAGGCGCACCUGAGAUCGUUGGCCAGUUGGGCAAAUGGGCUUCCCUACUCACCGUGUCACACCAAGUUCGCGCGAUCAGCCUGCGUCUGUGCUUCGCAGGAAGCAGCGACCUGGAAUUCAACAACGGCCUGUGUAUCGUGGCCGAGAGCAAGUUCAGCCUCGAACGCAGCAUUCGCAGGCUGGACAAGCAUCGUCAACUGACUGAAGCGAACAGUCUUCCGUCUGAAGACAAGACUCGAGAGCUGGAAACACUAUACAAGGCGUUCCCAAAGAUCUACCCGCACUUGGACCGAUUUGCUACCUUCAGUCAUGGCAUCCGCAAGAUCUACCUGGAGUUGUCUUUCAUCCACGCGCUUUGUUUCUUCAAGGUCACUGCUGGAUCAUUUGCGCAGCACUUGAGGCCACAUGAUCUAAGUUACGAAGUCUUUGAGAAGCUUCCGCACUUGAAUGAGGUGAUCUUCAAGCUUCCGGAUGCAAGUGGAUAUCUCGAGGAUAAUCUCAGAGAGCGACCGGUUAGCAUCUUCUAUGGAGAACCAUUCAACUGUCCCCGUACCCUCCAUCGGCUCAUCUAUGAGAGAGCUGCAGAGGUAUUAGCUCCAUACGACGUCGUCAAGUUUCAUGGAUUCAUGGAUGAGGAUGAGCAGAUCAGGUUCCUGAAGUUCCGCGAUGCUGCAAAGAAAGAGCUGAAGAUUACUACUGAGGAGCUUGGACAGCUAUACAAAGAAGAUUAUGGUGGGGUGGAGCUAGAGGAGACCGUUGUUCCUGGCCUUGAGAAGAAGGAAAUGUAUGAGAAGGUGCGAGAAGUCAUCAUGGAUGACUUCUGGCCCCCGAAAUGUCGAUGUGAGAAAUCGUGCCGGGAGGUACUCCAUCCCAGCUCGGUCUGA